AUGGCAUUGAAACAGACGCUAAACGCAUGGUUCAAGCUCGACAUGACGGAGGCAAAGUUCGUUCAUGUGUGCAAGCUCUUUUCAUGCAUGCUCCAGCUUUGCAUUGUCGGCGCUGUUCUCGCGACUAGAUUUCUUGUGCUGGUUACUUCCAGUUCCAUGAAAGUCCUGAGAAGGUCGACAAGUGGAUGGAUCUCAGACGAAACAUGCUUCUUUUUCACAGGUGAAGAGUAUGGUUUCACCUACGAGUUGGGAAGACUUGAGGUAAGCAUCGGCAAUCAAACAUUCUGUAGACUUACUUCUGAGCAUAUCCUUUUGGACUUUGCAACAGCAUCAUCGAAAUCAGAGAGCACCAGCUUCAGUGAUCAUUUCACCCUGGAGUAUUAUGCCCAAUUCUUUGUUGCCGUCGGCUAUGCUAUGUUCUUUGUUGGUGUGGCUGUGGUGCGAGUUGUGAACAGUGUCUACCAGAAAGACAAGGGCUUGGACAGCUUCACUUCUGGGUUGAAACAACUCUGGAACAUGCUCCUGUUGACACUGCUGGCAGGUUAUCUGGUUUUUCCCAUGGGAUCAGUCAGGACACUUCCAGAGCCCGCAGAUAAGCUCGUACUAGUGAGGACACCACCAGACUAUGCAACAGCCCAAGUCUACACUCUCUUCUUUGUGACUCCAUGCCUCUGCUGCCUUCCAAUUUGGACCCUUUGCAGGGAGCAGAAGGGUGGUCCACUGGCCCAUUGCAUGCUGAUGACUUCUCUCCUCAUGGCAAUUCCAAUCCUUGCCAUCGUCGUUCAUGGCUACUACUCAAUGACAAUGUUUUAUUUGGACUUUUCCUUCUCAGUAUCAGUUGAUUUCAGCUUCGUGGUUGUUGGAAUGAUUGCCAAGGCGUUCCUGUGGGCAGUUUUUGUGAUCGAUACAAUCACUUGUGUGGUCGAAUCGGUCCAAAAGUGCUGUUGGGGCAAAGACAAGAUCCAGCAGAAAGUAGACCAACUAGGCAAAGCGUCUGAUCGGCAAUGACCACCUCACCACCUCUGAAUGCAUUGCUUGCAACUUGCAAUGAACCGUUUGCAAAGCAAUAGUUGCUUGCAAGAUCUUGCCUCCUGUGGAACUCUUCAAGUUAGUUUUGCUUUUCUGUUGCACCAGCUCUCCUUCCUUCGCACUGCAUUUGAUGCUUAUUUGGCUUCGGACUCACCGGUCACUCCAUUCUUUGUUCAAUGAUUUGACGUUGGAUGGCUGGAUCCUUGUCGCAGUGGGAAAUGCAAUCAGUCUGGGGUGUUCAU